CGUGCUUUUAAUGGCAGCUUGUUUGUAGACUAGUUGAUAUCGGUUUUUCGUCGAAAGAUUAUAGCAUCUCAGGACCAGUGCAAUACUUAAACAAAUGAUGAAUAGAUGGGAUAUCGGAUUCAUCUAAAUGGCAAAUUCCAAAAUGCAGACACCAGUAAACUGUGACACUUGUGAAAGUACGGCGGAACAUUUGUGCAUAACGUGUCAUGACAGAUUGUGCAACAGAUGUAAGGAUAUCCAUUCUAGAAGUAAAGGAACAUUUGAUCACGAAGUUGUGUCUUUAACAUAUGAAUCACUUACCUUGUCUCCUGAAUGUCCAUCUCAUCUUAUUUGCAAAUGGCAUCCAAAUUUCCGGGCAAAUAUUUUCCUGCCAAGAAUGUGAAGUGCCAGUUUGUGAAAAAAGUCUUGUUGGGGAUCAUAAUGGUCAUAAACUAAUGGAUUUUACCGAAAUGUUCUCUAAGAAAAAGGAAAAACUUGAACUGAAGUUAUCUACAGUUUGUACAGAACUACCAAAAUACGAAGCAACGCUGAAGAAAAUUAUUAAAAGAGAAUUAACAGAGGUAGAGAACAAUGAACAAGUGAAGAAAGAAAUUCAUGCUCAUUUUCAGAAAGUGAUAUCAUACCUGAAAGAAACUGAAACACGACUUGAAGAAAAUGUUGAAGAUAGAGAAAAAUCUGACUUAAACAUAUUUAACGUUCAGAAGAAUUAAUUUCUUUCGCACAUUCAAAGUAUGAAAAACUUUACGUCAAAUUUUCAGAACGAUGACAUACAUAAGAGGAGUUCCUUUAUCCUCUAUGCAAAUUGUUCUCUUGGUUCUACAAUACCAGACGUGUGUCCAGCUUUACCGUUUCCUGGUAUCAUAAAAUACUUGCACCAGGAAAAUGAGGAUUUAAACAAAAAGUCAAUUUCAGAGAUAGUGGGAAAGAUUUCUAAUCUUGUAUUAGCUCGACCAUUGUCAUCAACUACCAUGGUAAUACUUCAUUCGAUACCAAUAGACAACGGGCCGAUUGAGUCCAUUUGCAGUCACCUGAACAAAAGUGUAUGUUCGUACUGGGUUUUCUCAAGGGGCACACCAGAGUUUAUCAAUUACGACAUUAAAGGCAACUGUCUUGCAAAAAUAAAUACAGACAUUCAAUAUUUCAAAAACAAACCAAUCUGUAUUACUGAUGAAGGCCUGAUUAUAUUUAGAAAAAGUCAAUCGGCAAUACAUGCAUGUACAGCUGAUACAGAUAGUAAGGCAUUUAUAGAUUUAACACCUCUGUCAUCUGCGUGCAUGUGCCUUGCGAGGAAUGGAGAUAUUCUUAUUGGAGCAGUGCAUGUGCGAGAAAAUGUUGGAGCACUUUUGAGAUAUAAUUAUAAAGGAAAAUGUCUUCAACGCGUAACACAUUCAUGGGAAAAAAUGAUUCCAAAACCAAUAUUUAAAACCAACAAACUACGCGCAUACAUUUCGGAGAACAUAAAUGGUGACGUAUGUCUGUCCACAGACGUAGUAGACGUUAUUUCGUCAGACGGAGAGCUUAGAUUUACCUACACUGGGAAGGAGGCAUCAUUGGCUAAUCCCUUUCUUCCUAGUGGAAUAUGUACAGAUAUUCAGGGAAACAUUCUAAUCGCUGAUGAAAUCAACCGUGGAAUUCACGUGUUAGACAAAGAUGGCAACUUUUUAAUUCUAUUCACUCUUCCAGGAGAUGACCAAGUUUAUCCCAUAUCUUUUUGUGUUGACUACAAGAACGACCUGUGUGUCGGUUGUUCAGAUCGGAAAAUCAGAAUAAUCAAUUAUCUAAACUGACUCGAUUAAAAGUCUAGCUUUUGGAAAACACUAAGCAGAAUAUAUUCAAUUUACUAAAAUUAUUCUCUGGGAACUAUGGGUAUGAGUUCUAGAUCCAUUCCUGGUGCCUAAUCAACAUUUGAUAUGCACUGUCCGUUCCUUUGAUAUGCACCAGGUGGCUAUUCGAUAUGAAGUUUUGAUAUUCAUACAAAAGAAUAAAACAAU